ACACAAAUGAUAUCAGCUUAAUUGAAUAGAUAACAAAUACCCAGCGUAAGCAGAAGGAAAAAAAGUUUAGUCAUAAGAGCUGCACACGUACAACAACAAUAGCACACAACUGUCCAACCUUAAACCAUGUUGAAGGCGGUCAUCCUAAUUGGCGGUCCCCAAAAGGGCACACGAUUCCGCCCCCUCUCCCUGGAUACGCCCAAGCCGCUGUUUCCCGUUGCCGGUCGCCCCUUGAUUGCCCAUCACAUCGAGGCCUGCGUCCAGGUGAAGGAGCUGCGCGAGAUUCUCAUCAUCGGCUUCUAUCCGCAGCAGCAAAUGGAAGGAUUCGUCGGCGAUAUGCAGGCGCUCUACAGCAGCAGCAAUAUUAAUAUUAGAUAUCUGCAGGAGUUCACAUCGCUGGGCACCGCUGGUGGGAUGUAUCACUUUCGCGAUCAGAUACGGGCCGGCAAUCCACGCGCCUUCUUUGUGCUCAACGGCGAUGUUUGCGCCGAUUUUCCGCUGCAGGAGCUCUAUGGCUUCCACAUAGGGCGUCCUGCCAGUGCCCUGGUCACCAUUAUGAGCACGGAGGCGACUCGCCAGCAAUCGCUGCACUAUGGCUGUCUUGUAUUCGAUCGGGAAAGUGGUGCCGUCUCCCAUUAUGUGGAGAAGCCCAGUUCCUAUGUCUCAACCUACAUCAAUUGUGGUGUUUACGUCUGCUCCAUGGAUAUAUUCACGAAACUCGCUCAGAUCUUUCACGCCAAAUGCGAGGAAUACAAUUGCAUUAGCUAUUGUGGCAAUGGUGGCAAUGGCAAUGGCAAGGAUCAGGGUCACAUCAAGUGGGAACAGGAGGUGCUCACCCCGCUGGCGGGCACAGAUAAACUCUAUGCGAUGCCGGUGCCCAAUUGGUGGUCACAGAUGAAGACAGCCGGCUCGGCCAUCUAUGCCAAUCGUCACUAUCUCGAUCUCUACAAGCGAACGCAUCCCGAGCGGCUGGCCAACGUGGGCCAGAAACGUGGCGAGGGCGAUGGCAAUUUGAUAUGCACCGUGUUCCCCGAUGUUUAUGUCCAUCCCAGUGCCACAGUGCAUCAUUCGGCGGUGCUCGGCCCCAAUGUGGCCAUUGGUCCUGGCGUCAUCAUAGGUCCUGGCGUGCGAAUACGCGAAUCGAUUGUGCUGGAGCAGGCACAGAUCAAGGAUCACACGCUCAUCCUGCACUCGAUUGUGGGGCGGGGCUGCAGCAUUGGCGCCUGGACACGCGUCGAGGGCACGCCUAGCGAUCCGGAUCCGAAUAAACCGUUUGCCAAAAUGGAGAAUCCGCCGUUGUUCAACAAUGAAGGCAAACUGAAUCCUUCGAUAACCAUUUUAGGCUGCUUUGUGCAAAUUCCCGCCGAGAAGAUCCUGCUCAAUAGCAUUGUCCUGCCGCACAAGGAGCUCAGUCGUAGUUUCAAGAACGAAAUUAUUUUGUGAAAACUCGUGCAAUUCUUUAUUUAUAUAUAUAUAUAUAUAUAUAUGUCUAUUUUUCAGGAUGUUAAAUUUUAUAUUGUGCAAUAAUCCUUAAAACCAUUUUAUAUUGUGCAAUAAUACUUAAAUGCCAUUUAAAUAAUAA